AUGGCUAAAGAAAUCACUGAUAUCAAGCAGUUCGUUGAGUUGGCUAGAAGAGCUGACGUUAAGACCGCUACCGUUAAGACCAACUUCAAGUUGAAUGCCAGAGGUAAGAAGUUUAAGCAGACCAAAUUCAAGGUUAGAGGUGCCAGGUACUUGUACACUUUGAUCGUUGACGAUGCUACUAAGGCUAAGAAGUUGGUUCAGUCUCUACCACCAACUUUGACUGUUACUGAGGCUUAA